AUGGUUCAAAACGAAUUUACUGGAAAGGUUCCUAAUUUAGCAGGGCUCCAAAAGCUCAAUUGGCUAAUCCUUACAGACAAUCAACUUGGAUCUGAGGAAGCUGAAGACUUGAACUUUAUCUCUUCUUUGAUCAAUGCCACCAAUUUACAAUUUUUGGGCGUGAACAUUAACUAUUUUGGCUGCAAGUUGCCAGAGUCCAUCGGUAAUCUCUCGAGUAAUCUUCAAGUUUUGUAUCUAGACAACAAUCAGAUAUUUGGAAGCAUUCCAACCGGAAUUGUAAAUCUUGUUGGCUUGCAGAGUUUGGAUAUGCAGUUUAACCAACUCACCAGUAGCAUUCCAAGUGGGAUUGGAAAGCUGCAAAAUUUACAUGAAUUGAAGCUUGGUUACAAUUCAUUGUCUGGUAACAUUCCAUCCUCCCUAAGAAAUCUAAGUUUGUUAAGUAAACUUUUUUUAGGAGUCAAUAAUUUUCAUGGAAGCAUUCCUCCGAGCCUAGGGAAUUGUAGUAAUUUGCAAAUGUUGCUUCUUUCUCAAAACAACCUUACUGGUGCCAUACCAAAACAAGUUGUUUCUAUCUCAUCCUUAUCUAUAUCGCUAGACCUGUCCCAAAACCAAUUGAGCGGUUUUCUUCCCACGGAAGUUGCAAAUUUGAUAAACCUCGGUUACUUGGAUGUCUCGUACAACUUGUUAUCCGGUGAAAUUCCGAGCACUCUAGGCAGCUGCACAAGCCUGGAAACACUGCAUUUGGGGAACAACUUUUUCAACGGAACCAUUCCUUCUUCUUUGAGUUUCUUGAGAGGCCUUGUAGAGUUGGGUCUCGCAAGCAAUAACUUGUCUGGUGAAAUUCCUAUGUACUUGGAGAGCUUCACCUUGUUGCAAAAUUUGAAUCUGUCUUUCAAUAAUUUUGAAGGUGUAGUACCAACACAAGGUGUAUUCAGUAAUGCAAGUGCAAUAUCAGUGGUGGGAAACAGUAAGCUCUGUGGGGGUGUAGCUGAAUUGAAGCUACCUAAAUGCAACUUGAAAGUGGAUGAAAAGAGGAGAUCAAAUAGUGUCUUAGCUUUAGCACUCUCUAUACCCUUUGGGUGUCUUACCAAACUCUUGUUAAAGCCACUCUCAUCAUUCAAUUUAAUUGGUGUUGGUAGUUUUGGGUCUGUGUACAGAGGAGUUAUUGAUGGAAGAAUUUUCGCUGUGAAGGUAAUUAACCUUUUGCGACAUGGAGCUUCGAAGAGUUUUGUAUCUGAAUGUGAGGCAUUAAGAAACAUUAGACAUCGGAAUCUUGUCAAGGUGCUAACGGCAUGUUCGACGAUAGAUUAUCAGGGUCAUGACUUCAAGGCCCUGGUUUAUGAGUUCAUUGUCAAUGGGAGCCUUGAAGAGUGGUUACAUCCAAAUUGCAAUGAAGAUUUGCCAAAUGAAGAGUUUAAGAAGCUAAACCUUCUUCAGAGACUAAAUAUUAUCAUUGAUGUUGCUUGUGCCCUGAAUUAUCUUCACAACCAGGGCCAAACCCCAAUAGUCCACUGCGAUCUUAAGCCAAGUAACAUUCUUCUGGACAAAGAUAUGUUAGGGCAUGUUGGUGAUUUUGGGUUAGCAAAAUUCCUUGCAGACCAUGCCACCCAUGACUUGUCUGCAAAUGAAACAAGCUCUGUUGGCGUAAGGGGAACAAUAGGUUAUACUGCUCCAGAAUAUGGUAUGGGAAGUGAGGUCUCGGCAUACGGUGAUAUCUACAGUUUUGGCAUCCUCCUGUUAGAAAUGUUUACUGGGAAGAGACCCACCGAUGAAAUGUUUAAAGAUGGUUUAAGCCUCCACAGCUUUGUGAAAGAGGCUUUGCCUGGCAGUGUAUUGGAGAUUUUAGACCCAAUACUUUUUCAGACCGAAGGAGAAGAAGAAGAGAGCUUCAUAAUGAGUGAAAAGACUAUGGAGUGGUUGAGUAUGAUACUUGAAAUUGGAGUCAAAUGUUCUUCAGAACUGCCUGGAGAAAGAACAAACAUUAAUGAUGUUGCAGCUAAAUUGCAUUUCAUCAAAGACACUCUUCUAGGUUCUGCCUAGAGAUGAAUUUAUGAGGGAAUCAAUUGGAAUGUCAUGCUUUUGUCUUAAUAAUCUCCUUUCUGGAAGAGAUUACAUGUUUAAUAACAGCCUUACUUCCACAUUGGUUGAGCCAACUCUAUGUUUGGUACAUUUAGUGAAAAGGAAUGUUACUUAUUCAAAGCAAGUGUUAGAAUUUGAAAUGUGUUGAUCGGAUUUAUUUUGGGUGUGAUUCUCAUUACAUCAAAUUUAAAUGUACAUCACAAA